AUGUACCAGGCGACUAUGCGUUUAUCAGGGAAGAAGAGCUAUUCAAAAAGACCACUUAAGAAUAAGGAAGGCCAAUUCGUAGUGACUUCUGAAGGACAGCUGCGACGCUGGACUCUUGAUAUCAACGCAGCACCGCCGAAUGAAAGAGAGGUAGAAAGUGUAAUCCAGUCACUCAAAAACGGCAAGGCACCUGGAGCGGACCUCAUCACAGCUGAAAUGCUGAAAGCAGAUAUUGAAACUGCAGUCAAAUACCUAACGCCCUUGAUACAAAAAAUGUGGAAUAGCGAAGAGUUACCAGAAGAUUGGAAUAAAGGAGUGCUUGUAACAGUUCCGAAAAAAGGAGACCUCAGCAACUGCAACAAUUGGAGAGGAGUACGUCAAGGAUGUUUGCUCUCACCUCUGCUCUUCCUUAUUGUCUUAGAUGGCAUUAUGCUUGAUACCACUGUCAACAACCGCCGCGUUAUUGAAUGGGGUUUGACUGACACUCUCGAGGACUUAGAUUACGCAGACGAUCUCUGUCUGUUCAGUCACACCCGUGAGGAUAUGCAAGCCAAGCUUAAUGACCUACAGCGAGAAGCUACAAAGAGGGGCCUGAAGGUAAACACUCGCAAGACGCAAGAGAUGAGGUGUGGCGAAACGAGCUCGCAGCCGCUUCGUAUUGAUUCCGAGUGUGUAGAGCGCGUGAACCAAUUCACCUACCUUGGAAGCGUUGUGACAGAGAACGGUGGUACGGAAGAAGACAUCGUUUCAAGCAUAGCCAAAGCCAGGGCAAUACAUUCUUUCUUCUUCUUACCGUUAUUCUAA